AUGAAGAACGCAAACGAACUAACUGAUUAUUUACGAGUGAAUAGUGAAUUUCUCGAUAAAAAUAAAGAUGAAUUAGGAGGGGGAAAUUUUUGUAUAUGGACACAUAAAAGCCCUAAUGUUAGUCUUUAUCCUGAUGUUGUUUUUUUUAAAUGUUUAGUUCUUAGUGUGGAUGGGGAAAAUUAUCGAGUAAAAGAAAUAAUUCCUGAGACAAAUAGUGAAUAUGUAGUUAAAAAGGGAGAUUUGUUUAAUUGUAAUUCUAUAAUAAAUGUAGAUAACCAUAGAUUAAAUGAUAUGAUUCAUCAUAACUCUGCAGAAGUUUUAAAUAUGUUAGCUUUAAGAUAUGCAAAAAAUUAUAUAUAUACAAUAGCAGAGCCAAUGUUAAUAUCAAUAAACCCUUACCAAGUCAUUGAUGUAGACAUUGAUGAGUAUAGAAGUAAAAAUACAAACGAGCUACCACCACAUGUUUAUAGUUAUGCAAAAGAUGCUAUGACUGAUUUUAUAAAUACAAAGACUAACCAGUCUAUCAUAAUAAGUGGUGAGAGUGGGUCAGGGAAAACAGAAGCUUCGAAACUUGUAAUAAAAUAUUAUUUAUCAGGGGUUAAAAAGGAUAACGAGAUUUCUAAUACGUUGUGGGACUCGAAUUUUAUAUUAGAGGCAUUUGGCAAUGCAAAGACGUUGAAAAAUAAUAAUUCAAGUAGAUACGGAAAGUAUAUUAAAAUUGAAUUAGAUGAAUAUCAAAACAUAGUUUCUUCAAGUAUUGAAAUAUUUUUAUUGGAAAAUAUAAGAGUAGUAUCACAGGAAGAAGAAGAACGAGGGUACCACAUCUUUUAUCAAAUAUUUAAUGGAAUGAGCCAAGAAUUAAAAAAUAAAUAUAAAAUAAGAUCAGAAGAUGAAUAUAAAUAUAUUGUUAAUAAAAAUGUUGUUAUACCAGAAAUUGAUGACGCUAAGGAUUUUGGUGAUUUGAUGGUAUCCUUUGAUAAGAUGAACAUGCAUGAUAUGAAAGACGAUCUUUUUUUAACUUUAUCUGGGCUGCUACUAUUGGGAAAUGUAGAAUAUCAGGAGAUUGAAAAGGGGGGUAAAACAAAUUGUAGUGAACUUGAUAAAAAUAAUUUAGGAUUAGUUAAUGAGAUAAGUAAUUUGCUAGGAAUAAAUUAUGACAACUUAAAAGAUUGUUUAGUAUUUACUGAAAAAACGAUAGCAAAUCAAAAAAUCGAAAUUCCAUUAUCAGUAGAUGAAUCAGUGUCUAUAUGUAAAUCAAUAUCAAAAGAUUUAUAUAAUAAAAUAUUUUCCUAUUUGACAAAAAGAAUAAAUAAUUUUUUAAAUAAUAAUAAGGAAUUAAAUAAUUAUAUAGGAAUAUUAGAUAUAUUUGGUUUUGAAAUAUUUUCAAAAAAUUCAUUAGAACAAUUAUUAAUUAAUAUAGCAAAUGAGGAAAUACACAGUAUAUAUUUAUAUAUAGUUUAUGAAAAGGAGACCGAAUUAUAUAAAGCAGAAGACAUUUUGGUUGAGUCAGUAAAGUAUACAACUAAUGAAAGUAUUAUUGAUUUAUUACGAGGGAAGACAUCUAUUAUUUCGAUUUUAGAGGAUUCUUGUUUGGGCCCAGUUAAAAGUGAUGAGAAUAUUGUAGGUAUGUACACAAGUAAAUUUUCAAAGCAUGAGAAAUAUGCUACUGCAAAAAGGGACAUAAACAAGAACUUUAUAAUUAAGCAUACUGUGAGUGAUGUAACAUAUACCAUUACAAAUUUUAUUUCAAAAAAUAAGGACAUCUUACCAUCAAAUAUUGUGCGUCUUUUAAAGGCAUCGGAGAACAAUUUAGUGAGGAGUUUGUAUGAAGAUGUGGAGGUUUCCGAAUCAUUGGGACGUAAAAAUUUGAUAACAUUUAAAUAUUUGAAAAAUUUGAAUAAUAUAAUUUCUUAUUUAAAAAGUACAAAUAUAUAUUUUAUAAAAUGUAUAAAACCGAAUGAAAAUAAGGAAAAAAAUAAUUUUAAUCAAAAGAAGGUUUUCCCUCAGCUUUUUGCUUUAUCUAUUAUUGAAACGUUAAAUAUAAGUUUUUUUUUUCAAUACAAAUACACGUUUGAUGUAUUUUUAAGUUAUUUUGAAUAUUUAGAUUAUUCUACUUCAAAAGAUUCGAGUUUAACAGAUAAGGAGAAGGUUUCUAGGAUGCUUCAGAACACCGUUGACCCUGACUUGUACAAGGUUGGAAAAACUAUGAUAUUUUUAAAGAAAGAGUGUGUAAGUACAAUUCGAGAAAUAAUUAACGAUAAUUUAAAAUGUUAUAAAAAUUUAUGUAGUAUAGCUACAGCAAUAAUUACUAGAAUAAAAAAGAAGGAAGUUGUGGAUUUGAACAUAAAAAAUUUACAGCUAGCUCAGGCUUAUUUUCGAAAAUAUAAGUAUAUGAAGGAGCUCGAAUAA